UAUAUUAAUUUUGUCAUGGCUGGUGGAUUCUCUCGUUCGUUGGAUUCUGUUAAGAGCGCCAUCAUCGUGAUUGGUUCGUCGUUGAUCAUCUUAGCAUGUAUGCGCAAUUCCUUAACGUGGCACCUGCAACAGUUCUGGGGAUCAUCCAAGAAUUUCUGGGAAACGAUUUGGUUCUCCUGCCAUUGGCUGUGUGGCAAAAGCAACUUUGUGACCUUUGUGUUUGGCUCUCAGUUUAUUUUAACAAUAUUGGUUUUCUGGCCAUUGAAUGCGCUGUUGAUGUAUACAGACCUCAAAGGAAAGAAAAGCAUUUUCUAUAAGUUCAAAGUUCAACAAGAUAAAAAUGUGCCAGUUGACAAAACCCGGUUGAAGGAGGCGUGUCUAGUGGUGUUGCGUAACCAGGUGCUCAGUAUCCCGUUGACGGCUCUGAUUUACCCGUUGAUGGUUGCCAGGGCCAACAUCUUCUCGUCGCACCUUCCAACUUUUCAGAGAGUCCUGCUUGAUCUGGUUGUGUUUGUCAUUGUUGAGGAAUUUGCUUUCUAUUAUUCACAUAGAUUUCUGCAUCGGGCCUCUAUCUACAAACACAUUCAUAAGAAGCAUCAUGAAUGGACUGCACCAGUAGGCAUCGUCUCUCUGUACGCGCACCCAAUCGAACAUGUUUUAUCCAACUUUUUGCCCUUGGUAAUAGGCCCUCUCAUCAUGGGCAGUCAUAUAAUGACCAUCUGGCUUUGGUUUUCUCUUGCUAUAUUCACCACGGUCAAUGUUCAUUCGGGCUACCACUUGCCCCUGAUGCCCUCGCCAGAAGCACACGACUUCCACCAUUUAAAAUUCACCAACAAUUAUGGCGUGUUGGGUUUCCUAGAUCGAUUACACAACACCGAUAACAUGUUCCGUGAGAGCAAGCAAUUUCAGCGCCACGUCUUCCUCCUCAGCCUCGUUCCACUUUCGACUACUAUUCCAGAUGACCCAAAGCCAUGCCAACGAGCUUGUGAUCAAGUCGAGGGUUUGUAGUGUAGUGCGGUACUGCAUAUAAACGACCAGCGCAUGAGACGACCCCUGAGUUUGAGAAGAUUUUCGGACAAUUUUUUGUAUAUCGGGCGUGUAAGGCAUCUCCCUGUUUCAUGGUUGGAAUUCCUACUUUUUUGUGAUCCUGAUACUGCAUCUAGCUGGCUAAAAAUUGAGCCACAUGCGAGACUAAUCUUCCAAAUACAGUAGUACCAUUUUAUGAGUUUUUAAAUGUUCAUCAAAAUCAUAUUUCCCCACAUUCAUAGUAACAUUUAGUAGCUUCAUUGCAGUAGUAAAUUCGCAUGUUACGAACAAUCCGCACAUAAGACAAACAUGGUUUAUAAAAUCUAAAAUUUGUAUGUUGUGCGUAUAAGACGACCCCCUGUUUUUUUAUCGUAAUUUGCUACAGUAUGUUAAGCUUCGUCGAUAGGCCUACGCUAGUAUAUACCGUAUAUAACUUUUAACCAAAGAAUAUAGAACUGCAGGAGAUCCGACUCGGGUUGUUAUUGGAACGCUAUUCCUAUCUCCGAAAGUACUACCAUGAACUAUAGGGCAUCCUUCAAAAGAACGUAAAAGGCGUUCAUAAAUAGGGCACCACCUAUCUCGUAGUAGCCUUUUCUUUUUUAAUGUUUCAUUGCGUGCAAAAAUUAGUUCAAUCAGACCUCUUGCAAUUUUAUACUUUUUGCUUUAACCUUUAUUUCAAGAUAAAAAUGUACUGCCAGUAUGUGUGCAAACAGGUAACUAAUAAUUACAGUGCUCAAAUAUACCUUCUUCUUGUGGGUCAUCUUUAUACAGUAAUUGAAGGCUUCGUCCCAGUAGCUCUUUUCUUCUUUUUUUUUUUUGCAGAAAAGUGCUGUAACAGCUUGUGCAGUAUUUACAAUUAUUAUUUUUAUUUAAUUUUUAAAAUGUUAUUUAAAUGAUCUUAAACUACCCAAGGCUGACCUUGGAAAAAGCAGUUGAUAUUUUGUCAGUGCAGAAGAGUCUGACAGCCACUUUACCGUACACCAGCAGUUUAAGAUACAAAGAUAUAGAGAGAAAUUUUAUUAACGUGCAGUCUCUUGCAGUCAAGGUAAGGGACUCUAUCAUACACCAAUGAUAAGGGACUUUCGAAGGAAGAGUUAUUCUUGAUAUGAUCAUAACAUAGUUUGUUCCUAUAUUUGUUUCUAUAAUUUUGUUUAUAUUAUUUUGUUUACAGUGCUACUUCAAUAUCUUAUAUAUGUUAUAUUUUUAUAUUUCAUAUUUAUUUUUGUAUUGCCACAAGAUAGUUUCUGUAUAUAGGACUAGAGCUGUCUCUGUUCUAAAGCCCUGUCCAGACUAUCAAAAUUUAUUUGACAAAAACAUGUGACAUGCCUAAAUAUGGUCAUGAUGACAUCACAUCAUGACCAUAUAUAGGCACAUCAUGACUAUAUAUAGACACAUCAUGACCAUAUAUAGGCAAAUCAUGACUAUAUAUGGGCAUACAACAGUGUGAUUGUCUGGACAGAACUUUAGAUCUUAGAUUUUAACAUUGUAUAAUGUGAACAGAGCUUUAAGAUUUAAAUGUGAGUGAUGCAUGCCAAGUCUGAGACCAGAGAUUAAUUCCUCUAGUUGAGGGGAUGAUUUCACUUGUUUCAUUUUUAUUUAUUUCAACAUCAAUGCAAAAUUAUCCAGAGUUUCUAUAUUAUUAUAAUAAUAUUUAUCUAUUGCUUGCUUUUCAUUUAUUUGAACAUUUCAAUGCAAAAUUAUUAGAGAAUUAGAGUUUAUAUCCUUAUAUAACUUUAUAUAUUGAUAGUUUUAGAAAGAAGCAUCAUGACACACAAUGCAUGAAUAGUAGUUAUUAAAUGGAACAUAGUUCUAUUAGUUGGAGUUACGUUUUAUCAGUCAAAAGUGGUCGCUUCAGUUAGCAGUUUUUAAAGCAAUGCUAAUGAAUUGUACAUAAAAAAAAGUUAUAUAAUAAUAAUAAUAUAAUAAAUACAUUAAUGGUUUAAAAUUUGCAUGAUUUGUAAAGAUGCAACUUGUUAUAUUUAUAAUAAAGCUGAUGUUUGAUGUGAA